AUGAAGCUCACGCUCGUCGUUGCCAUGGCCCUCUCGGCCCCAACCGUUAUGGGCGCACCGUCCCAUGAGCCUCCUGCUGCCCCACCAGGCCCUGGCCACUUAGAUCUCAGCACUGCCUUCACACUUUUGCUCGUUGAGCUCCUCAGCGAAAGGGCCGUCAACACCACCCCCAUCAUAGAUCUCAGCACUGCCUUCUCACUUUUGCUCGUUGAGCUCCUCAGCGAAAGGGCCGGCAACACCAUCUCCAUCACCGACAUCGCGCGCUUCCCGCCAGUGAGCAAGAAGUGGAGGAAGAAGACGCGCCGUAAGAUGAUAUAUUCCGACCCGGGGGCUUCCAAUUUGGCGCACCCUGAGACUCCGCACCGUUCGACAUCACAAGGAGAAUUCGCAAGUUAA